AUGAUUCAAGACACCUACUCCGAGGUGCAAUCCCGCUACGGCAGCAUCGCGAAACAAACAAACGCAGACACCAACGAAAAUAAAGACGACACCGAAGACAAACUCGCUCAAGCCUUCGGAUACACCGCAGCAGAGCUCUCUUCUCUCCCCGGUAAGGCAAAUCUAGGCCUGAGUUGUGGGAACCCCAUUGCGUUCGCAAAUCUUAAGCCGGGAGAGACAAUUGUUGAUUUGGGCAGCGGCGGCGGCAUUGAUGUCUUCCUAGCUGCUCGUAAGGUCGGCCCGGAGGGGAGGGCUAUUGGCGUUGAUAUGACUGAGGAAAUGAUUACGCUCGCGACCACCAAUGCAAAGAAGGCUAAUUUCCCCAAUAACCAAGUCCAAUUCAUCAAAGCCCCCAUCACCUCAAUUCCGUUACCUGAUUCCAGCGCCGACUGCAUCAUCAGCAACUGCGUUAUCAACCUAGUUCCCAAGGAUGCAAAGCCCAUUGUCUUUGCUGAAAUUGCCAGGCUGUUAAAGCCCGGUGGCCGAGUUGCCAUCAGUGAUAUACUGGCACGGAAGCCCUUAAGUCCGGCCUUUGUGAGCGAUAUUGCGCUGUAUGUAGGUUGCGUUGCGGGAGCAAGUCUGGUGGAGGAGUACGAGGACUGGUUGGGAAGGGCAGGGCUUAAAGAUGUGUUGAUUGUUGAUACAAAGGCGGAUAUCAACCUGUAUAAACAGACCUUGGACUCCAGUCCAGCGGACAGCUGCUGUGCGCCUAAAGAGUCGGUUCAAAUCCCGGCCGCAAAUUUUUCAGAUGUUGACUUCAAUGAGUGGGUCGGUUCAUUUCAGAUCUAUGCUGUCAAGGGUGGUUUCUGA